UAGUACUAACAAAAUAAUCUUGUUCACGCUCCUAUUCUGCUCCAGCACUUCGCCGGAGUUGACGCUCCGAAGCCACGGUCUUCUUUUUCUGUACAGUCAAAGCUUAUCUUCGGAAAUCCUUCUCGUAAUAAAAAAUGGCCGUAGAUAUGGAAUUUUCUAACUCCCACGAAUUUACGAAUGCGCACCGUGUGCUGGAUCUAGACCUCCGAGGCUAUUCAUUAAAGAUGGUGAUGAGAAACUUCAAAUCUUAUGCGGGCGAACAGCAUGUUGGCCCAUUUCACAAGAGAUUUUCUGCAGUUGUUGGUCCUCAUGGUCGUGGAAAGAAUAAUGUCAUUGACGCCAUGCUCUUCGUGUUCGGUAAGCAGGCCAAACUGAUGCGUCUAAACAAAGUGUCAGAGCUUAUAGACAAUUCAACUAAUCACAGAAUUUGGAAAGUGUUGGUGUGUCUUAUUCAUUUUCAGGAAAUAAUUGAUUUGGACGGUGAGACAUAUGAAGCUGUUCCUGGAAGCUAUUUUGUAAUUACACGUGUGGCAUAUCGAGAUAAUUCCUCUAAGUACUUUACCAAUGACCGGACAAGUAACUUUACAGAGGUUAGUAAGAAGCUGAAAGGAAAGGGAUUGAUUUAGAUAACAACCGGUCUCUGAUUCUUCAGGGUGAGGUUGAACAAAUAUCACUGAUGAAGCCUAAGGGACAAGGACCCCAUAAUGAAGGCUUUCUCAAGUAUUUAGAGGAUAUAAUAGGAAGUGACAAAUACAUUGAGAAGAUUGAUGAAUCAUUUAAGCAGUUGGUUCUCACUCUGAAAUGAAAUUCUUAUGGCACAAAGAAACAAUUUGAAAUCGGAGUCUCAAUGUCAGUCUCCUCUUAGUUUCAGAUUGAAUCUUGUUAAUAGUUAUGCUACACUUUUCCUUACCAAUUUACUCUUUCUUUUCUCCCUUGUGUACAAGUGGCAUCCUCAUUCUUAUAGCUUUGUCUGUUAAUUUACUAUCGUGAGCGCCUUGUGUAUACUCAA